ACUUCUUGACAGUAAAGGGAAGGAAAGCGUCACCUUUACACUGACGCGCUGAGCAGCAGCAAGAAUACCGGGAGCACUGGGAUCUUACAAAUUAAGACCACUUGAAGGAAAGAUUUUGCCGAAGACUUGUUGGGAAGGUUUUGGCACUGCCUCCUCCCUGCUGUCCGUCUCUGCCAGGUGUCUUUGUCGCUGAGGGGAAAAUGGCUUUCCGUUCAGAGGAGGAUUUAUGCUGCCCUGCCUGUCAUGACAUUUUUAAAGAUCCCGUCCUCCUCUUGUGUAGCCACAGCUUCUGUAAAGCCUGUCUGCAGAGCUGGUGGAAAGAGAAGCAAAUCAAAGAGUGCCUGGUUUGUCGGACAGUGUGCGAGUGGAGUGAUCCACCUUGUAACCGGGCACUGAAGAACCUCUGUGAGGGAUUUUUGCAGAGUCAGAGAGCUUCAUCGGGGUCUGACAGUCUCUGCAGUCUGCACUCUGAAAAGCUCAAACUCUUCUGUCUGGACCAUGAGCAGCCCGCGUGUAUCAUCUGUCGGGAUGCAAAAAUCCACGCCGACCAUCAGUUCAGGCCCAUUGAUGAAGUUGCACAGGAACACAGAGAGGAGCUUCACACAUUCCUGAACCCUCUGCAGCACAAGCUGAAGCUUUUUAAUGAAGUUAAAGUGAACUUACAUCAAACAGCGGAGCACAUUAAAGUGCAGGCUCUGCAGAUAGAAAGGAGGCUUAAGGAGCAGUUUAAGAAGCUUCACCAGUUCCUAGAGGAGGAAGAGGAGGAACGGAUGUUAGCUCUGCGGGAGGAAGAGGCGCAGAAGAGCCAAGUGAUGAAGGAAAAGAUGGAGGCUCUGUGUAGGGAGAUGGCGAAUCUUUCAGACACAGUCAGAGCCACAGAGGAGCACCUCAGAGCUGGAGAUCCAUCCUUCCUGAGGACCUACAAGGCUGUGGUGGAAAGAGUCCAGCAGCACCCCCAGCUGGAUGAUCCACAGCUGGGCUCAGGAGCAUUGAUAGAUGUGGCCAAACACCUGGGCAACCUGACCUUCAACAUCUGGAAUAAGAUGACAGACAUGGUCUCCUACAGUCCUGUGAUUCUGGAUCCAAAUUCAGCCAAUCCAGAGCUCAUUCUGUCUGAAGAUCUGACUGGCGUGAGGCACGGAAAGAGAAGGCUCCUUCCAGAAAACCCGGAGAGGUUUGAAUUCUGGGAUUCUGUCCUGGGCUCUGAGGGCUUCAACUCGGGAACUCACAGCUGGGACGUGGAGGUUGGAGACAACAAGGACUGGGAGGUUGGGGUGAUAGCAGAGUCUAUGUGCAGGAGAGAAUUUGUGGGCUCCACCGUGUGGAGCGUAGAAUGCAGCCAUGCCGGAUACAGAGCGUUCUCCCCAACCAACAAAUACAUCGCUCUCUCCAUCACAGAGAAGGUCAAGAAGGUCAGAGUUCAUCUGGACUGGGACGAAGGGAAGCUGUCUUUUUUGGAGGCUGAUACAAACACACACAUUCACACUUUCACACACAUAUUCACUGAAAAACUGUGCCCCUAUCUUUGCACCAGGAACCCACAGCUUCUGAAAAUAGUGCCUGUAAAAGUGUGUGUGAGAAAGCUGACAGAUCAGGAGGAGUGAAGUUACGGCUAGCUGGGCUUUAACCAUGUAAGAGCACAGCUUUAAUCACAGAUUAGAAACAGGACAGAUGGAGGCACAGUCACGAUUACACAAAUCUGGCAUCCUUCGUCAACGUGCUCAUAGCCCGAAAUGGUUUCAUAAAGCCUUGUCAGGGCGCGUUGUUACUGUGUAAAUACUGCUGCUCUUCAGUUUGCACAUGCUGGCAAGCUGAAGUGCAAAUAUACACUGUGCUACCUUAGUUGACAUUUCGUAGUUUGCUACCAGGAGUGUUUCCAGGAUUGUUCAGUGACCAGAACUGGAGCAGAAAACAGACUCGUGCAGACGUGCAGAUGUGACUAAGAAGUGUAGUCAAUAACAUUUUACAAUGACUCUUUACCUAAGCAAAAGUAAUAGUAGUACAAACGUUUAAGCAGCAGAUGAUUUUACCAACGUCUAUGUGACUGUGAAGCUUUGUCCCCCACAACACAGCACAAUAAUUUAAUUGAUCUAUAUUUUAAAAUUUGAAAAAUAAGAAUUAGCUUAAGCUUUAAGUGUAGAAUAUAAUGGUUGUAAGUAGAAUGAAAUAGUAAAUAGUAUUUAAAUAAGUUUCCCGUAACACAGGCCUAAAGUCAGUGGGUUGUCCACGAGUGGCUUACAAACUUUGCUGGCACGAAAGUGUUUUUAAAGAAGUGCAUGGAGCUGCACCAGGAUCUCCUCUAAAUUGUUUGAUCAUAGCAGGUUGCCGCGGUAACCAGUAGUUUCCAUAGAGCAGGCCAAAUGUUCUGCCAACUCUCACACUUUUACUAAAGUUUUACUAAAGCUCGCAGAGUAAGUGUGAAGUUUUUGUGUCCUUAAUGCAAACUCUAGUUAACAGCAGCAGUCUGCCAGCGACCGCAGCAACAACACGGAGAGCUCUGUUGCAGAACUGUCUGCUACCAAUUUCACCUGGUGACAGCCAGGAGGCUCGAGCAACCAGGUGAAACUGGUACAGGUGAAAACACGAGAAAAUAAGGAAAACUAGAACAAGAAUCAUACAAAGGUAUUAAUUAAGGAACGUUUCUUCACUUUGACAGAUUGUAAUUGCUUAACAAGUGUGAAUGUGUGUGUGAAUGGGUCAAUGACUGAUUGUAGUGUAAAGCGCUUUGGGGUCCUCAGGGACUAAGUAAAGCGCUAUACAAAUACAGGCCAUUUACCAUCACUCUCCAAAUGGUCGGAGAAUACAGAUUUUUCCCUAGCAACCAGAGGUUGCCAGCGGGUCUCUAGGCCUGUGUGAUUGAGGCCUAAAAGCACUGAGUUAAAUUACACGCUACUAUUCAGUGGUGUAAGAUUAACAGUAGCCCGGCAGCAUGGGUGUGGGUGGCAUGGGCACAAAUUAUAUUUCCAGGUGAGCCGGUUCCACUCUGUGGAAACACUGCUGACGCAACACAGAACCAAGUGUGACAGCCUUCAAAAGGAGCAGAGACCUUUCAACAAUAACUGUAUACUGAUGAUGGCCCUGAUAUUCUCCAAGGAAGUUCCAGUAACUUGAAGAGGUUAAAGCAGAAGCAGCACUCGUAGUUUAAAGUGUUGAUGAAACGAGUAAGUAAAGGAUUUGUUCAGUGCACUUCCAGCGUCGCUGGAACUUUAUACUCUUCAGACUCUGUGCUCGACUCCCUGCACCAGCAGGUGAAGUUGUGCCACAAACAUCUAGUGAACUUCAUUAAUUUUGGAAAAGCAAAAAGAGAGGCUUCUGCAUUAUGUGACAACAACACCGUAGAACUGAAAAUCCAAUAGUCCCAUGUUUUGGGUCACCACAGAGGAAAUGCUCAUUACAAAUUAAUGCAAGGUUGUUUGAAGUGAUUAUUUUUAAUCUUUGAUAAAGCAUCCUUUCCUAAUGGGAGGGGUCUCUUCCAGGAUGACAAUACAGUUCACAUAGAGCUCAGUGAUCAUAUGCUGUGACCUUGAUCGUCAAAGCACCAAAUGGGGGACCAGAAGCAGCGAAUAUCUUAAGUCUCUUUUAUUUGUCAUCGUUCUGUCUGUUCCUCAAAGAGACACUCAUCACCAUCACGAAUAUGGAUUUUGACACAAUUAUAUGAAGUAUAACUACCAUCUAGUGUUCAGUUGUUUCAUCAUCUUAAUGUUUCUUUUUUGAUGCUAUCAUUAAUCUUAUGUAAUCUUUUUGAUUUUCAGGGCAUAUCACAUAAUCAAAGUAGCGCUCAACAGUCCAGAAUACAAACACAAAGAUGCUGCUUCAUGUUCUGAGAUGUUAUUCUUUCUAUCGUGUUUGAUGGAUUUAGAGAGAAGAGAAAAGUGUGUUAUAUUUUAUUGAUAAGGGGAAGCUCAUCUUUGAAACAGUGGACAAAUUGUCACACAGUGUAGCUUUUCCAUUUAGAGACAGGACAUUACCCCCUCCACCCAGCACAGGUGUGACAGUGGCAUUGUUUUCCUCCAGCUAACGAGUUUCAAGCCUCUAACAAGUAACGUGGAGACUGCCGUGGCCUCAGUCUGGUUGAUCGAUACCGGUCUCUCAUGUGGGACUGCACCACGGGACACAGCAGAGGAUAUUGAAUAUUUCCAUCCAGAACUGGGUCAGUUUGGGUUACAGCUGUUGCAUGAAACACACAACAGAGGAACUAUUUGUGUUGCACAACAAAUGAUUUUGACUUUAAAUGUAAUCUUGCCAAAUGUUGUACCUUAAAUGAACACUUUGAAAAUAUUUAUAAGACCUGUAUAAAUCACAGUAGGGAUCUGUUUACAGAAGGCAACAAUGAACACUGCUGCUUGUUCGACGCUGGUUUGUGUAUUAUUUAUAUGAACGGCUAAACAAGGUGCACUAAUGAAUUUGAGUAUUUUUGCAUUGAUUCUGUUGCUUUUUAUUUAAAAGCUGAUGAACAGCCUGGUGAACAGUGGAAGAUUGCUUUUUCAGUAAACUGCUCAUCGUGUAUAUCACUGUGGUUUUUCUUUUUUAAACUGUGACUACCAAGUAAACAUAAGUACAGUAGUUUUGCAUUUUCAGUGAAUUAUUAACAAUAAGUUACUAACAAUACGUUAGCAAUUCACUAGAUUGGUUUAAAUUAUUAACUUGGUGAUUCUUGAACUCAUUUGGAUUUUUUUGCAGACUUUAAAAGCCUCUACAAUUAUUUGUGUCGCAUUUAGUGUCUACAAUAGUGAAUUUUGCGAGUUUACCUGAACGCAGCAUUUGAAACGAUAAGAUUCAUGAAGCCACUUGUGUGAAGUCUAAAACGUAACGUAAAGCAGUCCCGCUUAAUGUAGAAAAUGUAAAAUUGGACAAAAAACUUCGCUUUUACAGAAACUUAGCAAAAUAAUAAAUCCGCGUCACAGUGAAUAAUAUGUAGACGAAUAGU